UCUGUCUGUCCUGCAGGCAUUGAGGUUCCUCCCUCUGCAGAGCCAGAUUCAAAGUGAUGCCAUGACCCCCAUCCUCACGGCCCUGUUCCUCCUCGGGCUGAGUGUGGGCCCCAGGACCCGAGCGCAGGCAGGGACCCUCCCCACACCCUUCAUCUGGGCUGAGCCAGGCCCUGUGGUCCCCUGGGGGACACCUGUGACCAUCUGGUGUCAGGGGAUCCUAGAGGCCCAGGAGUUCUAUCUGGAUAAAGAGGGACACUCAGUGACCCGGGACAGACAGCCCACACUGGAGCCUGGGGACAAGGCCAAGUUCUCCAUCCCACACAUGACAGAUGUACAUGCAGGACGGUAUCACUGUCACUAUCGAAGUCCCUCUGGCUUGUCAGAGAGCAGUGACCCCCUGGAGCUGGUGGUGACAGGAUACCAUGGCAAACCCAGUCUCUCAGCCCUGCCCAGCCCCGUCGUGACCUCAGGAGGGAAGGUGACCCUCCAGUGUGCCUCACGGAUGGGAUCCCACAGGUUUGUCUUGAUGAAGGAAGGAGAACCCAGGCCCUCCUGGACCCUGGACUCCCAGAGACACACCAGUGAGCAGUUCCAGGCCCUGUUCCCUGUGGGCCCCGUGACCCCCAGGCUCAGGUGGAUGUUCAGAUGCUAUGGCUAUUACAACAACUCCCCACAGGUGUGGUCACAGCCCAGUGAGCCCCUCGAGCUCCUUGUCUCAGGUGUGUCCAGGAAGCCCUCCCUCCUGACCCCGCAGGGCCCUGUUGUGUCCCCUGGACAGAGCCUGACCCUCCAGUGUCGCUCGGAUGUCGGCUAUGACAGGUUCGCUCUGCACAAGGAGGGCUCACGUGACCCCCCCCAGCCCCGAGGCCGGCAGCCCCAGGCUGGGCUCUCUGGGGCCGACUUCCCCCUGGGCCCAGUGAGCAGCUCCCUUGGGGGCCGGUACACCUGCUAUGGUGGACACAACCUCUCCUCCGAGUGGUCGGCCCCCAGUGACCCCCUGGACAUCCUGGUCACAGGGAUGGACAGCCCCUCCCCCGCCUUCCUGUCUCUAGGACAGCUCCCCCCCACGCCCUCCCUCUCGGUGCAGCCGGGACCCACGGUGGCCUCAGGAGAGAACGUGACCCUGCUGUGUCAGUCCAGGCGCCGUGUGGACACUUUCCUUCUGUCCAAGGAGGGGGCGGCCGACGCCCCCCUGCGUCAUAGAUCAGAGUACCCAGCUGAGAAGUACCAGGCCGAAUUCUCCAUGAGUCCUGUGACCUCAGCCCAGGGGGGGACCUACAGGUGCUACGGCUCAUAUAGCACCUCACCCUACCUGCUGUCACAGCCCAGUGAGCCCCUGGAGCUGCUGGUCUCAGAAACAGCUGACAUCAGCCCAGCACAAAACAAGUCGGGCCACAACACUGGGCUGUGUCGGGACCCGUGGGGCCAGAUACAGACAGGGUCCCUCCCCAAACCCUCCAUCAAGGCUGACCCCAGCCUCAACGUCACCAGGGGGAGACUUGUGACCAUCUGGUGUCAGGCGCCUCUGCAGGCUGAUGCAUUCUAUCUGUAUAGAGACAGGGUCUCACAACCCAUGUCCAUGGAGAUAUCACAGGAUUCCAGCAACAAGGCCAGUUUCUCCCUUGAACUCAUGACCUCCAUGAUGCACGGCGAUACCAGUGUCAGUAUCACAGCCAGAACGGUGGUCAGAGCAGAACCAGCCUCCAAGUGGACACACCCUGUGUGUCUGUCUGUCCUGCAGGCAUCGAGGUUCCUCCAUCUGCAGAGCCAGAUUCAAAGUGAUGCCAUGACCCCCACCCUCACGGCCCUGCUCCUCCUCGGGCUGAGUGUGGGCCCCAGGACCCAAGCACAGGCAGGGACCCUCCCCACACCCACCAUCUGGGCUGAGCCAGGCCCUGUGGUCCCCUGGGGGACACCUGUGACCAUCUGGUGUCAGGGGAUCCUAGAGGCCCAGCAGUUCUAUCUGGAUAAAGAGGGACACUAUGUGACCUGGUACAGACAGAAGCCACUGGAGCCUAGGGACAAGGCCAAGUUCUCCAUCCCACACAUGACAGAUGUACAUGCAGGACGGUAUCGCUGUCACUAUCUAAGUCCCUCUGGCUGGUCAGACCACAGUGACCCCCUGGAGCUGGUGGUGACAGGAUCCCGUGGCAAACCCAGUCUCUCAGCCCUGCCCAGCCCCGUCGUGACCUCAGGAGGGAAGGUGACCCUCCAGUGUGCCUCAUGGGAGAAAUUCGACAGGUUCGUCCUGAUGAAGGAAGGAGAACCCAGGCCCUCCUCGACCCUGGACUCCCAGAGACACACCAGUGGGCAGUUCCAGGCCCUGUUCCCAGUGGGUCCUGUGACCCCCGGGCUCAGGUGGAUGUUCAGAUGCUAUGGCUAUUACAGCAACUCCCCACAGGUGUGGUCACGGCCCAGUGACGCCCUGGACCUCCUGGUCUCAGGUGUGUCCAGGAAGCCCUCCCUCCUGACCCCGCAGGGCCCUGUGGUGUCCCCUGGACAGAGCCUGACCCUCCAGUGUCGCUCAGAUGUCGGCUAUGACAGGUUCGCUCUGCACAAGGAGGACUCGGGUGACCCCCCCCAGCACCGAGGCUGGCAGCCCCAGGCUGGGCUCUCUGGGGCCGACUUCCCGCUGGGCCCAGUGAGCAGAUCCCAUGGGGGCCGGUACACCUGCUAUGGUGGACACAACCUCUCCUCCGAGUGGUCGGCCCCCAGUGACCCCCUGGACAUCCUGGUCACAGGACAGCUGUCCUCCUUGCCCUCCCUCUCGGUGCAGCCGGGACCCACGGUGGCCUCAGGACAGAACGUGACCCUGCUGUGUCAGUACUGGAGCCGUGUGGACACUUUCCUUCUGUCCAAGGAGGGGGCGGCCGACCCCCCCCUGCGUCGUAGAUCAGAGAACGGAGGUCAGAAGUACCAGGCCGAAUUCUCCAUGAGUCCUGUGACCUCAGCCCAGGGGGGGACCUAUAGGUGCUAUGGCUCAUACAGCGCCUUCCCUUACCUGCUGUCACAGCCCAGUGAGCCCCUGGAGCUGCUGGUCUCAGAGCCCUCGGGAGACCCCGGCCCCUCCCCCACAGGUCCCGGCUCAGCAGCUGGCCUCACCUGGUACCUGUACGUCCUCAUCGGGGCCGCGGGGGCCUUGGCGCUGCUGCUCUGCCUCCUGGUCGUCCUCGUCCGUCGCCGGCGUCGGGGCGCAGGCAGGAAGCCGGGGGCCGCAGACCCGGAGCCCAAGGACAGAGGCCUGCAGGACAGCUCCAGGCCAGCUGCUGCCGCCCAGGAGGAGACCCUCUAUGCUGCCGUGCAAGACACACAGCCUGAGGAGGGUGUGGAGCUGGACCAGCGGCGGAACACACAGGAUGCAGACCCCCAAGGAAUGACGUAUGCCCAGGUGAGCCACUCAAGAUGAAGACUCAGUCGGGGACUGGCCAGUUCUCCUUCCCCCCUGUUGGGGGACUUGCCAGACACAGAAGACAGACAAGAAGAGCAAGACAGGCAGAUGGACAGUCAGGCCACUGCAUCUGACGCCCCCCCGGAUGUGACCUACGCUCAGCUGAACCGUUUGACACUCAGACGGGAGACGAGUGCACCUCAUUCCUCCCAAUUCGGGGAGCCCCCAGAAGAGCCCAGUGUGUAUGCUGCUCUGGCCAUCCACUAGCCCAGGAAGGACCCGCACGCCACACUCCAGGGAGGGGACCGCAGGGACCGCAGGAGGCACAGGAACUGCCCACAGGCCACCUGAUGGCCCCAGCCAGCCUGGACUCCUAACAUAGACCAGUAGGAACCCGUGGGACCCUCUGGGAGCCACCGGAUUCUGCCAUCAAACAUAGCUGUGCGCCUGUAUUUGGAAAUAAAGCAACGGACUUCUCAAUAAUCCACGAAUGAA